AUAUAUUUCAACGCAUGUAAAGCACUGUAAAUGCAUUGUACCUAAUUAGUUCAUUCUAAGUUGACAGUUCGGUUCGCGCGCUUUUCACGCCGCCAUCUUUGUUAGAAACGUUCGGAAAAACGAAAAUGGGAUUUUUUUGUGCCAGUGAUAUUAUUAUUUAAUUUUGGUGGUUUUUUAAAUUUUGUGUUUGUGUUCCAAGGAUUUUUUUAUGUGAAAAAUGAAGAUCCCAAGGAAAAUGGCUUGCCGUAAAGAGGCGCACCGCUCGCACGUCCUCAGCACGGCAAUCAUGAAGGAGAAAAGCAAGAACGCAGCGCGAUCCAGAAGAGAAAAGGAGAACGCUGAGUUUCUAGAACUUGCCAAACUUCUGCCACUGCCAUCUGCCAUUACCUCACAGCUCGACAAGGCUUCUGUGAUACGACUUACCACAAGCUAUUUGAAGAUGAGACAAGUUUUCCCUGAUGGUCUUGGAGACGCCUGGGGUGCAGCACCUCCACCCCCACAGCCUCGGGAGCUGUCCAUCCGAGAACUGGGUUCCCAUCUACUCCAGACCCUGGACGGAUUCAUAUUCGUAGUAGCUCCCGAUGGAAAGAUCAUGUACAUUAGUGAAACGGCGUCGGUGCACCUUGGGUUGAGUCAGGUAGAACUGACGGGCAACUCGAUAUACGAGUACAUCCACCAAGCAGAUCACGAGGAGAUGAGCGCGGUACUCAGCCUGCAGCAUCCACACACCUACAUCGUACCGCCAUCGCUUGGGUACCCAGUGGGAGGUACGUGGGGUCCCAACGUAGACAUAGAGUGCGAGCGAGCCUUCUUCAUACGCAUGAAGUGCGUGCUUGCGAAACGCAACGCUGGACUGACUACUUCUGGAUAUAAGGUGAUCCACUGUUCGGGCUACCUCCGCGCGAGGAGGUUCGGCGAGGCCACGGCGCCGCUGGGGCUGGUGGCCGUGGGACACUCCCUCCCGCCCUCCGCCGUCACCGAGCUCAAGCUGCACUCCAACAUGUUCAUGUUCAGGGCUUCGCUGGACAUGAGGCUGAUCUUCUUGGACGCCAGGGUGGCGUCGCUGACUGGCUACGAGCCGCAGGAUCUAAUCGAGAAGACGCUAUACCACUACAUACAUGGAACAGAUGUGUUACACAUGCGGUAUUCACAUUGUACAUUAUUAACAAAGGGGCAAGUGACGUCACGGUACUACCGCUUCCUGACCAAGUCGGGCGGGUGGGUGUGGAUGCAGAGCUACGCCACCAUCGUGCACAACUCGCGCUCCUCGCGACCGCACUGCAUCGUCUCCGUCAACUACGUGCUCAGCGACAUCGAAGAAAAACACCUAAUCCUGAACAUCGAGCAAGGACCACCGAAGCUGAACCACGUGGACAUCCCCGCAGCGAGCCACGUCCCCUCCACCGAAUCCCCCCAAAUCGUCCCCAGACACGACAAAAUAAGUCACAUCAACGAAAAUGACUUCAGCGCAGACUCGAGUGGAGGAUACAACUACCCCGAAUACACCCUACCAGUUAUCCCCCCAUACGAUAAUCACGAAGAUUACCAUCAAAACGGGUCAUACCAAGACCUAUUUUACGAAAACUACACCGAACCUGAAGUCAUACCAAACAACUACGCCUACCCACAAAAUCAACGACCAUUUUCCGCGAGCUCAUCAUCAUGUAGUUCAAUAGAAAGCUCCGAAGUAAACCAAUACAACUACACCAAUUUAAUCACCUUUUAUGGUCACAAUCAACCCCAAAACGGUCGGCCUGUGGAGAAUUUUGGGGGUAGUUUUGGAAAAAUUACCCCCAACCCUCAAGUGCAGGAAGGGGGUUACACUAGCGUGAUAGUUGAUAAUACGCAACAGUUUCACCACCAUGGUGGCGGGGUUAACGAAUAUGUACAUUGAUAAAGUUAUGUCGAUAAAUAUUUCUAUAAGGAACUUGAUUCGCUAUGAUCCGCCAAAGCAGACACACAUCUGUAUGGUACAGAGACUUGAUUGUAGAAGAGAGCCACCUGGUUUUGCUUAUUCUGAGGUACAACGUGCAGCAUACAAUAUGCACAUCCACUCCUGCUACUACUAAAGAAGCAGGAAAAGUAAGCAAUACACAACACACCACCAACACGCGAACUCGUGUGGUUUUAAAAUAUAAUGAAUAUUCCUUCAUCAUCAUCAUCAUCAACUGAUGCCCACUGCUGGAAAUAGAUCUCUUGUUGGAAUUUCCACGUACCUACCACGGUCUUGCUUCCCUUCGACUUGUUUGUCCACCUAUUGAAAGGUCUUCCAACGUUGCGCUUUCCAGUAUGAGGUCACCAUUCCAGCACCUUGGGACCCCCACGGUUUUUCGAACUAUCUGCCCUGCCCAUUGCCCCUUCAGCUUCACAUCCACUGUACUAUGUUGGUGACUCUGGUUCUCCUACAGAUUUCCUGAUUUUUUAUUUGAUCACGUAGAGCAACUCCAAGCAUAGCUCUCUGCAUCGCACGCUGAGAGUAAAAUUUCCUUAGAAGUACCUUCUUAAAUGUCGCAUUCGGAUUUUAUCAACCGUGACCAUUAGGUACUAGCCCGCUAAUUCUUUUGAAGACAAUCGUGGCCCGUCAACUGCAGUGAAAUCAUCUGUGACUUUUACGAGGUGAUUCGCAUUUUGUUAACUCAGUGAACAACAACUAAAUGAUAGCUAUCAAGUUCGUUUGAAAUUGGUUCGUUCUACAUUACUGCUUCGAGGAGAAAUAAUAAAAUAAUUCUUCGUAGAAAACCUUCAAUGGAUUAUAAAUAAAUGUCAAAUGAGUUUGGUGGCUCAUUGAGUUAGCGAAUCACCCCUCUGAAACACUUUGCAAGAUUUGUUUGAUUGGUAUUCUCACUUAAUGAUGAAUUUUGAUAGUCAGAAAAAUCCGCGAACUUAGAAUAGAAUAGUAUAAGAUGAAAGACUUUUAUUAACCUUUUCUAUGAAUAUAUUUUUUUAAAUACAAGAGAUUUUUCGAAAGACGGGCUGCCGAAAUUUAUAUUAAGCUGAUUAUUUUUGUUGGCAAAAAUUCAAACUCGAAUCAUUAUUUUCAAUGUAUGCGCAACGUAAUUUGCGUAACGUUACGUUAUUUGUAAUACCGUUACGAACAUCACUAAAAUAAAGUCUCGAAAUGUAAAUAAUGUAAAUAUUAAUUUAUAAAUCAAUUACGUGUAAGUUUUAUUAUUAAUAUAUGUAUCCAAUUAGUUGUUAUUAAUGGAUUUCAUUUUAUCUUUGAUUACUAACUGAUAACCAAAAUAUACCUACUAGAACAAGGUAGGUACCUAGCUACAACAUUUUAUAUAUAAUUUAUUUUCUAAGUUUAGUUGAUGAUUUAUAAAAAAAAAAACGUGCGGCUGGCCUAUA